UUUACUGUGGGUGUACAAUUGACAAAGGUUUUGAUCAGUUUCCGGUAUUUAUCUUAUCUGCUAUAAAGAUAUUAUGUACUCUGACGUCGGUUUUCAGCCACCGUGGUUCGAUCUGCCAGAAGUCGUAAUCGCGUCCUGAGUUUCUUGGCAUAAUAAGUUGUACACGAAUAAUAUGAGUAUAUCUAAAAUUAUGCUGUUAUGUCUGGCAAAGAUAGUUUAAUGGAGAUCGAGCCAGAUACUUUUGGCAGAUCUUAUCGGUACACUUUUGGCGAACAGGAUUACAUUGGCCGCGGAACCUUUGGCCCUGUGUGCAGAGCAACAAUAACGGAUCGCGAGAAUCAAAGAAUCGCGAGAUGGUACAGCUGCAUGCAGCUCCUUUUGGCUUUUCAGCACUUUUGGCUUUUCAGCUCCUUUUGGCUUUUUUUUUGGCUUUGGCAUCAUCUCGUGCGCUACCAUCAAGUUAGUAUUGCGCGAUCAGCCAUAUCCGGCGACACAUAUAUUAAACUCAUGAUGGAUUAUUACGGUGAUGGAGAUCUGGCAGCCCUAUUAAAAAGCAGAAGAAUACCCGAUGUGUCAACCGCCAUUCGUUCUAGGGUUGUCAUCACGUCGUCACACAGUUUCACAAUCACGCCGUUUUCCUGCUCACAAUCCCAUCAUGCCGAGCAAUUGCGGGCGUGAUAAAAAAAUGUGAUGAGUGAUGGGACGGUGAUGUGAUGGGAUGAAUUUUUAUUGUUAAAAAUGACAGUUCAAACUAUAGCGCAUCAGCUGUGCAUACAUUUUUAACAACAUUUGUUAAAUUUCUAAAGAAUUCUGUGGGAGGCAGUUUAGAUUCGAGAAAUGCGAAAACUUGCACAAGCAUACAGAUCUGUACUUGCACAAGUGACUUGAUUCGCCUCUGGUUUGAUUUGAUUUAAUUAAAAAAUAUUUGCAAAAGCUUGUAGCAGUUUAGUACCGUCAUUGUGAUAUGGCGGUAUUAGAUUUUGCUGCCAAAAUGUCCGGAGAUUGGGAUGCUGAAGUGACGUACCGUAAAGUAAGACGACGAGAAGAUUCAGCACUUGACGAAAUCCGGCAACGGCUUUGCACUUUUUCCGAACCGCUGCAAAACUGCGAGAACCAUAAGACUUCGCUGCUUGCCAGUUUUGGCUUUGAACUGAUGUCAACUCUGAACUGAUGUCAACUUGUUGUAGUUUAACUAGUUGCGCGGUUUUAUCGAAUUUUUUGAAAGGCAUCUUUGUUGAAAACAGGUAGCAUAAAAUUUAAGAAUUUUUUGUCGUGAAAAAUAUGUCAGAAAUUAUUCAAUAAAUUAAUAGCCUAUCCCACCAAUCACAUCACUUCCUGUUCACAUUCCCAUCACAUCCCACCUCCAAAACCUUGGUGGGAUGACAACCCUAAUUCGUUCUGCUGUUGACUUAGCGGACGGAGUGAACUUUCUCCACGUGAAAUGUCGUGAAUAACAUCAUUCACAGUGAUGUUAAACCAGCAAAUGCUCUGGUCCAAAAUCUGGAAAACAACAGUCGAUUGUUAAUUGGAGAUUUAGAUGAUCUCGUCCAGAUGCAACAAAGCGUCACAUGUUCGGGUGAUAUGCGUAACAUUCGCGGAACCCUCCGGAAUAUUUCACCGGAAAUACGCCCAACUGACGUCAGAAAACGUUGGAAGAAAGAGUGAUAUCUGGAGUGUGGGAUGCGUUAUACUGGAAUUGGGCAACAACGCUGUGGGCAAUGCAAAGAGGAAGUUACACCGCGGUCCCGCGGAUGUGCUCGAUGCUGACGCCAUUCCCGAUACGCAGUAUGCUAACUUGAUUUUGAAAGGUUACAAGCCGCUGAUCGCUCACUCCGUGCCGUUGGAAAUAGCGAAAUGUAUUUCCUCUUGCUUCGCGGCAGCUGGUUCCCGAAUCUCAUCAUCCGAAAUUUUAGAAAAGUUGACAAAUCUUGGAAAAUUAAACCAAGAGCAAAGGAAACCGGUCACAGGAGUUACUGUUGGUAUUAGUCUUGGGAUACACAACAGUAGCGUCAUGGUGCAGACGAACGGUGGGAUAGAAACGGUUGGGAACCACAUCAAAAUGAGCCGUUAAUUCCGAGCUAUAUUGGGUUCGACGAAGGCAGUUGUCAUGAAACAAUCAUACUUUGUGGUCAAGAAGCGUUGGAUUUCAAGGAAGCCGACCCAAAGAAUUGUGUUGGCAGCCUUAUUCGUAUCAUUGGGCUGCAAUUCGAAGAUGCGGAUGCAAUUAAACACAGAUAUAAUCUGCUCUAUGAUAUCGUGGAUGAAAACGGGAGUCUCCGGAUCAGAAUUAAGGAGCACGGAGGCACUAUACAGUAUUCGGUAGAAGAGAUAACUUCUAUGUUCCUGUUUUAUCUUCGGCAACUUGUCGAAUGUGGUCAAGCUUUAAACGAGUGGGAGGUAAGGAGCGCUGUAAUAUCCGUUCCAGCAACUAUGGCCAUCGUACAACGCCGGGCCAUUAAACUGGCUGCAGCCAUGGCGGGAAUGGAAACGGCGCGGAUCCUAGACGACCCAGUUGCGGCAGUCCUGCCAUAUAUCACUAGUUUUCCGUGUCGAAAACAACAUGUGUUGACGCUUGAACUGAAUCUUCAGUACCUUGCUGUCUCCAUUCUGAAAGUUGUUAAAUCCAAACCUGGUUCGACAAUAGCUAAGUUGUGUUCGUCUAAUUAUUCUACGCGACUAGCGGAAGAGAUAAUUGAUGAGCGCAUUCUGAAGCAUGUGCGAGCAAUGUUGAAGGAAGUUUACAGUGUCAGUUUAGUUGCCAACGUAAUGCUUGCACUGGGUCUUGCAUGUACGAAAAUCAACGGGAAUGAUCGCCAGAUCAUAAAGAUCCCUCCAUAUGUGCUUGGCGGAAAGAGUUUUUCCGUGGCUAUAACCCCGUCGAUGCUGGCAGUCCUGUGCCAUGGUUUGUUCCACAGUAUCAUCGUCCCAGUCGAGGAUGUACUAGCAAGAGCCAGUUUGACUGCAAGCGAUGUUGCGGACGUAAUCAUAAUGGGGUGUGGACGGUUCGUUCCGCAAAUCACCGAAGUGUUAAUAGGGUUAUUUCCUGCGAUACAGGUACACGCAACCGUUGAUCCACGGAUCGUCGUUGCGGAAGGGGCGGCGCUACUGGCAUCAAAUGUACUGAAUGGAAGUGAUAAGACCAUUGAUAUCAGAGAAUGGCUGGGUUGUCAGCUUAUAGCGCAUGUACCUAGUGAGACAUCAAAUAUGGUAAUACCUAAACGGAGUCGUUUACCAGUGGAAACAGAAGUGGUAUGCACAACAUCUAUUGACAAUCAGCGCUUCAUUGACAUUGAGAUUAAAUGGAUAAGUACUGAACACGACCGCAUCAAGCUACAAUGUCAGUAUAAUCAAAUGGCGAAAGGUCAUUGUAGGAGGUGCUUUGGAGUUUGGAUGUCUAUGGAAUUAGGAUAUGGAUAUCCGAUAUGAUUAACUGCAGCAUUCGCAACCACCUCUCAUAAUCCAAAAGAGGCAGCAAUAUAUCCUGUGUGCUACGAAACCACAUAGUCAGUGCUGCUAUUCGAGCGCCCCGUAUAUGAUCGUCAUACGCCACCUCGUGCUUCGCACGGUCCAGUGCUUUUUCCAAAGCUUCUUUGGUUGCCUGCAUUUUGUCUUCGUCGAAUGUUGCACUAGCCGUAUGUACUGCGCCUGCAUUGUCGCAUCUGAAUACCUGACGGAGUUUUUCGGAGCCCUCCACCGCGGCAAUCUUUAGAACCUGCCCGCGGUCGAUCGCGAAUUUUACGGUCACGCGUGGACAGCCUUUGGGAGCGGGUUCUAUACCAGAAAACUUGUCAAUACUCAAAAGUUUUUCUCCUGAACUGAAUUCGGCAAAGAUCGUCAUCGAUUCAAUUCAAAAUGUUCAGACUGAACAUUUUGAAUUGAAUCGAUGACUUAUGCAUGAGCAUUCAGCAGUGCCAUGAAAGAAG